AUGAUAGAUCCGACAGGAACACGGACCACCGCAAACAGAACACUGAAAUUAAUUGAAAAUGAAUACGAUGGCACGGCCGAUGCCCUCAUUGAGGACCUUAAGAGCGUCUACAUAGGAGUACCGGACACAACAUCAGUGCAAUACAACUAUGAGGGACCAGACAACGCGGAGCUGGACGAACCCAUAACAACGGCAGAGCUCUAUGCAGCUGCACAAUCUUUCCGUAAGAACACCGCACCGGGUCCGGACCACAUUACAAAUGCGAUGCUGCGCAACCUCAGUCAGGAAUCACUGCGGCAGCUUGCGACCUAUUUCAACGAUAAUGUAUGGUCCGACGACGGGGAACUGCCAGACGAAUGGAAAGAGGCUACUGUAAUACUCAUACCGAAACCGGCUAAACCCAGAGAUCUGCAAAACUUGAGACCAAUAUCGCUCACGUCGUGUGCAGGGAAGCUUUUUGAGAAGGUGAUCCAAACACGACUGAGCAACUACAUCGAGCGGAAUGAACUUUUUCCCCACUCUAUGCUUGGCUUUAGGCCACACGUCUCGGCACAGGACGCCUUUCUUAUGCUUCGCGACGAAGUUUUGGACCCGCCACGAAGCAAAGAAGCCAGGAUAGUUGUGGCGCUCGAUGUCAAAAAAGCGUUUGACACGAUCUCUCACGAAGCAAUCCUCGAAGGUCUGGAAGACAUAGGUUGCGGAAGAAGGGUGUUUCGGUACGUCCUUGCCUUCCUUCGCGACAGGAAGGCAACGAUUGGGUUGGGCAGUACGCGCUCUGACGUCUUCGCGAUGCCCAACCGAGGAACUCCACAGGGCUCAAUCUUGUCGCCUCUUCUUUUCAAUGUCGGGCUGAGGCGACUGGCCCUAGAACUCGCGCAAGCACGGGACCUCGGAUGUACGAUUUAUGCCGAUGACAUAACGUUGUGGGCACACCGGGGUUCCUAUGGAGAAAAACAAGACCUAUUACAGGAGGCCAUUAACAAGGUAGUGAACUUCACCAAGCACGCGGGUAUGACGUGCGCACCCGAAAAAUCAGAGUUCAUGUGCGUACGCAGCAAGCGUCAUAAGAAAACUACCACACCAAGGAUCGACUUACAUCUCGACGGCAAGGCCAUUCGUGAAGUCGCCCAAAUGAGAGUGCUUGGCCUGCUUAUCCAAGAGAAUGGCAACGUCGAUGCCACAAAUCGGAGCUUAACACCAACCGUUAAGAGUGUGGCACGUAUGAUAUGGCGAGUUGGACGCAGCCGCAACGGGCUCGCGGAAGAAGAAACUAUUAAGCUGGUGCAAGCAUUUGCAAUUAGCCGCAUUACUUACGGCCUGCCGUUCCAAAAACUUAACCAAACUGAAACGAAGAAGGUGGACACCCUUAUCAGAACGGCAUACAAGUCUGCUCUGGGACUCUCGAACACAGUCAGCACGGAGCGCCUGGAGCGAUUGGGUAUUUACAACAAAUAUGAACAUGCCUCUGCAGUCCUGAUAUCGCAAAGAGAAAGGCUGAGCUCUACGCCCCAGGGCCGCUCUAUUCUCCAAAGACUGGGAUACAACGCUCGACCCUUGUUCUACGGAGACGAAACAGACUUGUUGUCACGAGAUUUGAGGGAGCACGUCCAUGUCUCACCUAUACCACGAAAUAUGAGUGCCAGGUACCACGCAGGCCGCAGACAGGCCAGGACGAGGACUCUGCAGAAGCGAUUCGGCAAGGAUCCGGCCGUCUACUACACGGACGCGAGUGCAACCACUCGCAGGGACUUCUACGCGAUCGCCGCAACCAAUAGAGUCACCCCGAUAACCGCUACGGUUAAGACUACCUCGGUAUGCACAGCAGAGGCAGCGGCAAUAGCGCUGGCGAUACGAGACGCCGACUUUAAGGGUCAGUCGGCUCACGUGCUUACAGACUCGCAGUCAGCGUGUCGACUCUUUAUGCGGGGAAUGCUACCACGCAGCGCCCAAAGAAUACUCGGCUCACGACUGGACCAGGACCACGGCAUUACAUGGUGCCCCGCGCACAACGGACUCGACGGGAACGAAAGGGCAGACCGCAUUGCUCGAGGAAGCAACGACCAAGCAGCGGCCAGAACCCUAGAGGAACCACUGUCCGCAGUGCGCGACAUAUUAGAGAAUCAGAGGAGGGAGAGACGGACCUACGGCCCUCCGCACUGCAAACUAAAUAGAAGACAAGCCCAAGACUGGCGUCGCAUACAAACCAAUUCAUACCCGCACCUAAACCUCUUACACAAGCAGCACCCGACAUAUUACACAGACACCUGCCCGUGGUGCGGCGCGAAACCCACGCUGGCCCACAUAACGUGGGAAUGUACGGCUCGGCCAUGCAACGUCAAUUCACCUUUUCUAAGCGUCACGGACUUCGUACGGCAGUGGGAGGCACUACUCGCAAGCGAGGAUCAGGGAAGCCAGCUGGCCCUCCUGGACCAAGCUCAGCGAGCCGCAAGAGCCAGUGGAGCCCUGGACUGA